CACAGGUGAAAGGAGGACCAUGGCAAAUAUUCUGUUGCCCAUUUGAGGUGUCCUGUAAUAAUAGUCCAACGCAUGAUGUAAACAUGGGUUAUGUAGGAUAACAGGCCUGAACGGGUUAAUGUCCUGCUUUGACGCAGAAACGGUUAACGGGAGGACAGGCAGCAGGUGGAGACACGCAGACGGAUGAGCAGCAGCGGCGGCAGCGGCAGCGGCAGCGGAGCCACCGCGUCCUGACGGAAGCCGCAUCCGGCGCCGCAUCUCCUCGCGUCGCGCCCGCAGGUGAACGCGCCACCGCCGCCCGAGGGGGGAGAGCGCGCGGGGCUCAUGGCUCCUCCGUGCGCGCGCGCCCCUGUCCUCCCACCGGACGUCGGCAGCCGAUCGCCGGAUAAAUGACUUGAGAGAAAACUCUCCGUCGAAGUCAGCGGACGGAGGGGAGCGCGUGGACGGGAGAUGAGCGUGCCCGGGAAGCAGCACCCCGAGCUGAUCGAGCGACCCGCCAGCCUCUCGGUGCCAACUUCGGCGAAAUCCGGGAUCGCCUUGCUGUACAACGAGGAGACCAACAACACCUACGACGUCUGCCUGAAGCUGACUAAAGAGGCGCUGACCAUCCAGAAGCUGGACGUGGUCUGCACAAGUGGAAGCGAGUCCCAAGUAAAUCACAGAACUGUUGUACUGCGAAGACAAGCGGCUGGCGGCCUGGGCUUAAGCAUCAAAGGAGGUGCAGAGCACAACGUGCCCGUGGUGAUUUCAAAGAUUUUCAAAGAUCAAGUAGCCGAUCAGACGGGGAAGCUGUUCGUCGGGGACGCCGUACUGCAGGUCAAUGGAAUAAACGUGGAGCACUGCACCCACGAGGAGGUGGUUCACCUUCUGCGCACAGCCGGGGAUGAGGUCACCAUCACCGUUCAGUACCUGCGGGAGGUUCCAUCGUUUCUGAAGCUGCCUCUAGGUUCUCCUGGACCAUCCACCAACCACAGCAGAGUGUCUUCUCCACUUUUUGACAGCGGCUUUCAUUUAAAUGGCAAUGGAAACAACGUGGCGCCGUCGCCCCCCCCGCCCUCCGCCGACGAGCCAAAGUACGAGAAGCGCUGGCUGGAUGCUGUGUCGCUGCCGCUGCUGAUGGCCAGAGUCUCCAGAUACAAAGCUGGCGCCGAUAAAUUAAGGUCCAACUGUUUUGAAGUCGUCGCCUUGGAUGGAGCCAGCUCCAGUAUUCUCCAGUUUUGCACUGCAGCAGAAAGCACAGACUGGCUCCAAGCAAUAUCCACAAACAUCAGUGACUUGAUGCAGGAGAAUAUAAAGCUGGUGAACAAGUACUGCUCCUCGGAUGAUCAGAUCGUUCACAUGGGCUGGGCCUGCGAGAGUCCGGAGGCCACUGCUCCUGCUCAACCCUCUGCUUUCAAGUUCCUGGCACUGAGAGGCCCGUGUUUCUCUAUCUUCAGAAGUCCGCCGAUCAGUGCCACCGACUGGGGACAAGCUGAAACCACGUAUCACCUCCAUGAGGUUCUCUUCAAGGUUCACAAGCUGUGGAUGGCCGAGGACUGCUGGCUGCAGGCGAGGCUGUACCUGGGCCUGGAGCAUUCGCCUGAGCAGCAGGACGGCGACUGCCUGUGCUUCAGCAUCCUGGUGGGCCACGGCCAGAGCCACAUCUUCAGGGUGGAGCUGGCCACGGACCUGGCCGCGUGGGAGAAGUCCUUCCAGAGGGCCGUCUUCUUGGAGGUGCAGCGGAUACGGUCCAAAAGCUACAUGUGCAGCAGCCAGGGCAGCGUUCUGUGCUUCACCAUCGACUUCGGCUCAGGCUUCACCUGCUCAGAAGGCGCAUCGAAGAUUGUACUGUGGCGAUAUAAGUUCUCCCAACUUAAAGGCUCCUCUGACGACGGGAAAACCAGGGUCAAGCUCCUUUUUAAGAAUGCGGAGAGCAAGCAAAUAGAGAUGAAGGAACUAGAAUUCGCCAACCUGACUGCCGUCCUCCACUGUAUACACGCGUUCAUCGCUGCCAAAGUGGCCUCCAUGGACCCUCUGUUCAUGUGCGGUCAAAGCUUUCCUGGAAAUUACAUGAACGGUUAAGACGACUUCCUGACGCAGACAAAUCAGCAGUAUUUUAUGCACAGAGCCAGUUGACAUGUAUGUCCCGUUCCUGCUAUUUUUGUAUGAGCUACUGACGAAGAAAUCUUUGUAAAGGACUGAAAUUAAUCGUAUGCAGUGACGAUGGAAGGAGCAUUUCUUUCAGUUUUUGACAAGACAAAUGUGAACACUCAGUUCUUCCAGUCUCUCUCCAUGACACUAUGAUCGAAGGCUUUGUCUCGGGUGUUUAGCAGAAAGCUAAUGGGCUAAGUGCAUUGAAACUGACUGGAUGGAUCUGAGGGUGGUUUACUGUCAGGACUCUUUCCGUUUACACAUGAACACUCAUGGAAAUGCACCGACGCCAGUCACUCUGGUUUACUUAGCUUUUCUUUGUCACGUCUGUGAGGAGGAAGAGGAAAUAGCACAAGUCCAAUAUGUCGCUGCUGGAUUCUACUCCCUCCAAAGAGAUGAACAGUCCUAACAUGGAUCAAACCUACCGAAGCAGCCGUUGGGCCUGGAUUCACCUGUACCAUGAUUAUGCUAUUGUGUCAACUUUUGGUAUCUAAUAAAAAGUAAAACAGCCAAGUUUCUAUUCUGCAGUUACACAUUUACUGUAUGUUUAUGAGUAUUAAAGAAAAUCUUUUCUCUACA